AUAAAAAACGCCACGUGUUUAACUUGCUCUCCUUUUGUGGAGCUGCAUCCAGCUCCUUCAACCACUCAUGCUAGGUGUAAAUGCUCCGAAUCCUGCACAGUCCUGUGUAUUCUUGCCAUUUCAGGAGAGUCAACCUUCUGAUUCUUCCUGGGACCUCAAACUCCUGUCCUUUCCUCUCCUCUCUGCUGCUCACCGAAUGUCGACAUCAUCAUCUUCGUCGAAAACCGGCGACGCUGAAGCUCUACGCCGGCAUCGAAUUCUCUCUAGUCAGCUAUAUUUCGAUGUGCCUCCUUCUAAGGUACCAUUGAUAUACUCGUCAUCCUACGACAUUGAUUUUCUCGGGAUCGAAAAACUGCAUCCAUUUGACUCUUCUAAAUGGGGACGAAUUUGCCGGUUUCUCACUAAAGAAGGUAUCAUGCACCAAAAGCAUGUAGUUGAGCCUGCGGAGUCGACAAAAGAUGAUCUGCUAGUGGUGCAUUCAGAAUCAUACCUGAAAAGUUUGAACAGCAGCUUGAAUGUCUCCAUGAUUGUUGAAGUCCCUCCUGUUGCGAUGCUUCCUAAUUGCCUUGUGCAAAAGAAAGUUCUUCACCCAUUCCGCAAGCAGGUGGGAGGAACAGUUUUGGCUGCAAAGCUUGCAAAAGAACGAGGAUGGGCUAUUAAUGUCGGCGGUGGAUUUCAUCAUUGUUCAUCAGAGAAGGGAGGUGGUUUUUGUGUUUAUGCUGAUAUAUCUCUUUGCAUACAUUUUGCAUUUGUUCAUUUAAAAAUCUCAAGAGUCAUGAUAAUUGACCUUGAUGCGCACCAAGGAAACGGCCAUGAAAUAGACUUCUCUGAGGACAGAAGAGUCUUUAUCCUUGAUAUGUACAAUCCCGGAAUUUAUCCACUUGAUUUUGAAGCAAGAAGGUACAUUGAUCUGGGAGUCGAAGUUAAGAGUGGGACUACGACAGAUGAAUACUUGACCAAGCUAGACUGUGCACUUGAGGUUGCAGAGAAGAAAUUUGAUCCCGAUUUAGUUGUUUAUAAUGCUGGGACUGAUAUCUUGGACGGGGAUCCACUUGGCAGGUUGAAGGUAGUGCAUUUUUUUGGAGAAUCCGACAUGGGUGGGGCAGCCUUUUUGGAGAGUCCCAGCAAACAGUUCCUGAUGGCAUUGCGAGAAGGGAUGAAAAAGUUUUCAGGUUUGCUCGAGAGAGAAACAUCCCCGUUAUCAUGCUCACAUCAGGCGGUUACAUGAAAUCCAGUGCCAAAGUUAUUGCUGAUUCCAUCAUAAAUCUUUCGAAUAAAUCUCUGAUAGAUAUGAAGAACUUAUCAACUGGAAAAGCAUAGCAGGUGAAUGUCCUUCAGUUGCUACUUUGAAAGGCCUGGAAUUUGACCUGUGUGGUAAAGUCGAGAUUGCUCAUUUGCAAUCUAAGAAAAAAGAAUAAUUUCCGUUGAUAGUUAUAUGCUGUCUGGAAGCGAGAAAAAACUUACUAAGAUUUGUGUAUCUUAAUGCAUUUCACUAAGAAUGUAAAUUGUGUAUGUGCUAGUUCAUGUAUGAAGCAACUCAUGUAGCUUGAAAUCAUCAACAAAUCAGGAUGUGGUCGAUGUGAUGGAUUGUGAUGCAGGUAGGAACAUAGUUCAAAGUUAUGGAUCAACCCUCGCCAACCGAUUAAAACC